UUUGGCAAAAUAAACAGGACUCUCUCUCUCUCUCUCUCUCCCUCUCUCUCUCUCUCCGUGCGUAUUCCCCAUGCCUCUACUGUGGAGUAAAGUUGAGUGUAUUCAAUCACCAUUGACCAUCACACCCAAAACCUCCCUAACACGCCGGCAUCCUUUCUUAUCCUCUCCGGCGUCGGAUAGGGCUUCAUAAUAGACUUACUGCUUGGAUUCAUCAAAUUGGCGAUUUGAAGUCAACAUUUGUGCAUUACGUGCAGUUUACGAGCUCUUUUGGCCCUCGCCCCCUUAUUUAUUACUAAAAUUGCGAGAUGAAAACCCCCAAGAUCGAGCUUAUAGAUCUUGGAGAAAGCUCUACUUCUUCAGCAUCAAAUAUAACGCAUUCAAACAAACAACUUUUGGCUAGUGUAACCGUUAAAGGCUCAUGUAAUAACAUAACGGAAGCACUUGAUCGGUUAGAAGGUCAACGUCGUGAAUUAUUUCAUACGACUGCAUUCGGAUAUUGGUUGGGUGUACAAGUAAUGACGGGGGAUCCGUUACUUUGUCAUGGAUUGUUUCUCCACCAGUUACGCCCUACUCAUGAAAUGGAUGCAGAAGAAAGACUACACUUUCAAAUUUCUAGGUAUCGGAUGUCGUUUGGGGCAGAAGAAUUUUGUUUGAUAACAGGCUUUCAUUUCGGACGAUUUCCAAGAACAAAAAAAGAGUUUACACAAAAAGAGACGUCGUUCCGAUCACGUGUGUUCCCAGAAAGAACGGACGCUUCGUUAAGCGUUGGGGAUGUGAGGGAUUUUAUAUUAAGUAAUCGUUUUGAGACGGUUUCAGAUGAGGAUGGCGUUAGAGCCUGUUUACUAUACGUUCUCAACCAAGGGUUUCUAGGAAAAGAAAAAACAGAUAAAAUAACAAAAGAAUGGUUAUGGCUGAUUGAAAACCUGGAUGAUUGGAACAGGUUCGCGUGGGGCAGUUUUUUAUGGCAUCACAGUUACGGAGAAUUGAGAAAGAUUUUUGGAAAAAUUGACGUCUAUGUCAAAGCAAAUGAACACAAACAAUUGAAAUAUACGGUGUCUGGAUUUUCAGCACCGUUUAAGAUAUGGAUUUGGGAAAUGUUUCCUUAUAUUCGUGGGAAAUUUUCGAUACGCCAUAAUAAUAAAAAUAUUCCUCGGAUAACCCGUUGGGGGCAUAUCAGAAGGUUGACGUGGGUUGAAGUUUGCGACAUUUAUAAUGUCGAUAAGGAUGAGAUGCAUCGGCCUAAAUCUGGUAUGCAUGUGUCCGAUAAUGAGGCUGCCACAGAGUACUAUUUGUCGUAUAAGAAGGGUGAUUUGUCCCCAAUCGCUUCCCCUUUGCGGAAUAACUUUAGGAGACAUGAGGUGUCAUCCUCUGGUCCAUCUUCGAGCAGCACUCAUUCUAUCCAUUCACAACCACCACGAGGGACAUUAGACCCCUCAACUGCAGAAGAUUUUGAGAUACGGAUACGUCGAGUAGAGGAGGAACUACGAAAGAGAUCCAUAUAUCCAGGCAUAAAUAUGGACUCAUGUUUUGACAACCCGGUGGGAACACGAGGACAGAAAACGCAAAAAAGAAACAAAGUUUGUUGUGGGGCUUCCUCUUCAACGAUAGAUUAUGAGGCAAGACUGGCUGAAGCUCUUGGUGAUUUAGUAAGCCACCAUGGAUUAUCUUUUAAUGAUUGUAGUAGAGUAGUACCUUCUCUAUCCCAAAACGUGAUCAGGGUUGGUGUUUUUUUACAUCUUCAACUGCCUGAAAAGAGGCUCGGGUUGAUCAGAGAAAUUCUUGCGAGCUUACCUGCUCCAUGACCUCGUUGAGAAGAAGGUGAAUUGUCCCUGUUGUUGUAGUAGUAUUUUCUUUUGGUUUUGUUUGUUUUUAUCAAUCUGUUUGAAACAAUUUGUGAUGUUGUCAAUGAUUUUAAUUCUCUAAUUAUCGUUUUCAUGAUCA